UUUUUAAAAAAUGGCACAAGGUCCUCUUGCGAAAAAGUUCAAAGGCUCAGUCAAUAAAAGAAUUAUAAAUAAAUCAAAAUCAAAUAGUAAUAAUAGUUCAAGUCACGGACUUGGGCCAAAGAAAGGAGCAAGAUCAAUCGCACCAAAAAAACAAUCAUUAAUAAAACAAAAAAAAAUGCAUAAGAAAUUGACAGCUGCUAUAAAUAAAAAUAUUGAACAAGUAAUCGCAUCUAGAGCUGAAGCUGUCGAUGGUGGCCAGAAAUUUAGUAUUAUAAAAUUAAAUAGUGAUAAGGAUACUAAGAAACCAAAUCAGGAAAAAAAUAAAAGUAAAAAAUAAUAAGUAAAUUACUUGAAAACAUAA